ACGUUGGUGUAUUGUCGGUGUUAAAAAAGCACAGUCAAUCAGAAUCCCGCAGGAAAAACAACAACCUAUGUUUGAAUGUGGAAAACGAAUUGGCACAGACGAGGAAGACUUUGUUGUAUGUUAGACACUUCCAAUCAAGAUGUCGCUCUGGAAAGUAUGUCUAGCAAUGUUCUUGACUUUGGUCUUAGUCAUGUGUGCUUCACCUGUCACCAGAGCAGACUACACAGCAGCAGUGGUUGAAUACAAGGCUAUAUCCUGGCUCCUACCCAUGGUGAACGAGGAACAGGCCCUCGCGAUCAUUGAACUCAAUCUGGAUGCCUUGAAUGUCCAUGCUUCUGAAGCCGUUUCUCAGGGAGCAGAUAUAUUGGUCUUUCCUGAAUAUGGGAUCACAGGCUUUGUUGAGGAAGAGAGGGACUAUGUUGUUCCAUUUCUUGAAACUGUGGGAGAUCCACCAUCUCUUCGAUCAAAUGCAUACAUUCCCUGUCAAGAUAAACACAGCAGCAAGACUUUCAUUCAAUACAAGCUAAGUUGUAUUGCCCAAAAGCAUAACAUCACCAUUGUUGCCAAUUUGAUGACUGUCCAAAGUUGUGAUAACAAAACCGACCCUCGGUGCCCUCCUGAUGGGCGUUAUCAGUACAACACCGAUGUUGCUUUCUCCAGUGAAGGUGAACUGGUAGCAAAGUACCACAAGGAGAAUCUCUACUCAGGAGAAGCCAAGGUAUUCAAUCCUGGAUACAACCAAACAGAUGUGGCAGCAUUCAGAACGAGCUUCGGCUAUUUUGGUCUUUUCACCUGCUUUGACAUCCUCUUCCCAUAUCCUGCGGAGCGACUGGUCGGGAAGCUAGGUGUGGACACCAUGGUGUUUCCGACAGCCUGGAUGAAUGAGCUGCCAUUGCUGAACGCGGUAGAGUAUCAACAAUCCUGGAGCAUGAGUUACGGGGUCAGUCUCCUAGCUGCUAAUCAACACUACCCAUUCGCUCAGAUGACCGGCAGUGGGAUUUUCUCACCAACGGCUGGUGCUAUUAAUUACACCUACGAUAUGGAGUCAUUCUUGGGGAGAAUGCUGGUGGCAAGGGUCAAGAAUACCUAUCAGGGGUCAGCUCAAAGGCAGUUUGUCCACCUGGAAGACUAUCGAAAGUCAAAACACUCCAGAGGAAAUGGCAAAUAUUCAACUGGAACCGAUGGAGGCAUAAAUUCUGGUCUACUUUCUGGCAUUCAAAAAGAUACUACUAAUACCAACAAUAAAGAAGAGAAAUUCAAUAAUAUUCUAAGUAAAAAUGAGUCUUCAGCUAGUUCUUUAGUGGGAAAUGGGAGGCCAGUUCCUAAAUAUUUUGUCUCAAAGCUCAAUGAUGACCCAUACAACCUCACACUGCUUCAUGGCACUCAAGGUCAUGCCUCAGUCAGCAACAACAACAUAUCCUGCACUGUUGACUUUGGUCGUAAUUCUGACUCCGCACUGUAUGCUCUGGGAGCAUUUGAUGGUCUGCACACGGUAAACGGUGACUAUUACGUUCAAUGCUGCAGCCUGGUACGCUGCAAGUCCGACUCUGAUCCGUACCAGUGUGGAGCCGAAACGAGUGACGCAACAACAGUCUUUCAGGACUUUACGCUGAGUAUGAAGGGACAGACUAAACAAACGCGGAUCUUUCCCGUAGUGGUGACCUCCGGUGUAAGACUACCCGUGGUGGGUAAGGAAUGGAAUCACUCUGAGAAGAUGGAUCAGGUAUGGAGUAAUGGAGGAUCAUUGAAGGAACCUCUGUUGGCAGCAAACAUCUUUGGUAGGUGGUACCAAAAUGACUGAAAUUAAGCAAUGUUGGGUAAUAAUAUAGGUAGACAGGAAUAACCGUCUUUUCUGGGAAUUUAUAUAAAUGAAAAAUCCUGGCAUAUUACUACCAUCCCCAGAAACAGAUGUACUAUGUGAGUGUAGCAAACUUAGUUCAGUAGACAACUGAUGGUACUGAGACUGAAGCUUUUGGUCUGAGUAAUGGGAAUCCAAGAAUCAUUAUUAUUGAGCUUGACAAUUCUGUGAUGUAAUUGGGUGGUAUGACUUACACCAAAUAAUCUUAACAAAUCUGAUCUAGUUAAUAGCUUAUUUUUAACCUUAACUUAUCUUUUAAGGAGUACAUCAAGAUAGAUUUUGGUUGUUUUGGUGUACAAAUAUGGAAGGAGGAUAGGGGGUAAUAGCAUUGCUUAGAAAUUUGAACU